GGUUAUAUCCUUUAUCAAUUGAGAAAAUGCUCUUAUUCUUCUAAAUUUGAAUGGUUCCUACACAACUUGUAAAUAAGACCCUUAUAAAAGAAAUUUGCAGGAAAAAAUUUCCCCUCCCCCAGAAGAAACAUAAAUACUUCCAGAGAUAUUUACAUGGUCACUUCAUGACUAGAUCCUGAAGACUUUAUAAUAAUUUUAAAAGUCUAAGUACCUCUUUCAUCUUUAUAAAUAAGCUUUAAAAUAAAAAUUAACUAGAUAUCUUUAAUCAUCUCAUAUGAUCUCAGCAUUUUAAAAAGUGCCUGUGGAAAUAGACGUCUAGUAGGGCAAAAGAUAUAGAUAAAUCUGAUUUACAGGAUUCUUGUAACCUUCCUGGCAUUUUCUUCAGUUCUCAACUGUUCCUUAGAACUAUUUGAGAUCAUAACUUCUUUCUGAAGAAGAUUCUGCUGGCCAUAGUUUACUCAUUUUGAGUAGUGUUGAUGAAGCUAUGAAAGUACUCUCCUUCCAAGUCCUUAUCACUGUGUAUGGAUGGCCCUGGGUUUUUAAAGAUCUUCUUGUCAGAUUGCAAGCUUUGGCAGGUCCUGUGCAAUUGAAAAAAAACAAAAGGUUAGGAUAUGGACUUAUGCUUGAUUGUAGGUCUGUCAUCCAAGCAACAACCUAGCUAAGUUUAUAGUUAUCCACAGGUCGGCUGCAGUAUUGUGACUUUUUCACCCAUAGCUAGUGUCCUACACCAACUAUAGAGCGUUAUGAUAAACGGAUUUCUCGCAUCUGAGAGAUAUAGAUCCUUGACAGUUCUCAGGGCUUUUUCGAAACCCACAGAUCCUAGAGCCAGAGUUCCAACUUCACUCUCUCUAAGGACACGCUCCCCAUACGAUGAUAAUGUUUUAAUCAAGCUGACGAGAUACAAUAAGGAGAUUUUUGUUGAGGUUGUGAAAGAAGCCGUUUAAGUCUUCGAAAGGACACGAGGUGGCGCUGCAGACUAUGAAGAAGAAGAAAAAGAGGAGAAAAAAAUUUCAGAUGUCAGUUCUAAUAGGCUGAAAUUCAGGCAGUCACAGGGCAUGCGUUGUUGACCAGAGCUAAGAGGAGGAGCGAGAAGCCGAAAGGCGUUAUUCAUCUUUACAUUUCGGAGGCUUUAGACCGGCGGAUUGCUAUCGACGUAACCCUGAGGUGCUGUUGGAGGCCGACCUGGGCCCUACUUGCUGAAAAGAGGCCACCGAAAGAACAAUGGAGCCCCGAGAGGAGUCAAUUCCACUUCAAAGGCAAGUUCUCCUUCUUCUUGUUUUGCUCUGUGUGUAUGUGUCGGCUUCCGAACCCGGGAGGUUUUCAGUGGCGGAGGAAAUGGAGAGUAGAUCUUCUGUAGGCAAUGUGGCAAAGGCCCUGGGCUUGGAGGUUGGGGAACUAUCUGCCAGGGGUGCUCGGAUUACUUCCAAAGGCAAAAAACAGCACUUACAGCUCAACAUUCAGACCGGGGAUCUCCUUCUAAAGGAGAAACUUGACCGGGAGGAGCUGUGCGGCCCUGCGGAUCCCUGUGUGCUGCCUUUCCAGAUUUUACUGGAAAAUCCCCUUCACAUAAUUCCUGCAGAACUGAGAGUGCUAGAUAUAAAUGACCACGCGCCCAUGUUCCCAGACAGUGAAAUGCUCUUGAAAAUCCGCGAGAAUAGCCCACCGGAGUCUCUAUUUUCUCUGAAAAACGCGAUAGAUUUGGAUGUAGGUAUCAACAAUGUUCAGAACUACACAGUCAACCCCAGCUCCCAUUUUCGUGUUCACACUAGAACCCGCAGUGACGGCAGGAAGUACCCAGAGCUGGUCUUGGACAAAACCCUGGAUCGUGAGGAGCAGCCAGAGUUCGCUUUAACCCUCACAGCAGUGGAUGGUGGGUCCCCGCCCAAGUCUGGGACAGCCCAAAUCCGAGUCCUGGUUGUGGACAUCAAUGAUAAUACUCCUGUAUUUGCUCAGCCCCAGUAUGAGGUUCAGAUUCCUGAGGACAGCCCCAUCGAUUCCCUGGUUGUCACUGUGUCUGCCAGAGACUUGGACAUAGGAAGCAAUGGUGAAAUCUCGUAUGCACUUAUUCAGAGUUCGGAGGAGAUUAGCCAAACGUUCAAAGUAAACCCCUUCUCGGGAGAAAUUCGACUGAAAAAACAAGUGGAUUUCGAGAUGAUUCAGUCAUACGAGGUGGAUAUUGAGGCCACCGAUGGUGGAGGCCUUUCUGGAAAAUGCACUGUCCGAAUCCAUGUAAUGGAUUUAAAUGACAAUCCUCCAGAAUUAGCCUUAUCCUCUUUAAAUAGCCCCAUCCCCGAGGAUUCUUUUCAGGUCGUCGUCGCUGUUUUCAGCAUUUCAGACCGGGACUCAGGAGACAAAGGAAAGAUGGUUUGCUCCAUCCAAGAUAAUGUCCCCUUCAUCCUAAAAUCGUCUUUGGAGAACUUCUAUACCCUGGUAACUGAUGGGGUCCUGGACAGAGAGAUCAGAGAUGAGUACAACAUCACCAUUACUGUCACGGAUUUGGGAUCCCCCAGGCUUAAAACCGAGCAAAAUAUCACAGUGCUGAUCUCCGACGUCAACGAUAACUCUCCAGUGUUUACUCAGACAGCUUACACGCUCUAUCUCCGGGAGAAUAACAGCCCUGCCUUCUACAUUGGCAGUGUCAGUGCCAGUGACAGGGACUGGGGUUCCAAUGCUAAAGUCAUCUACUCUUUGCUGCCUCCAAAGACUGGAGAUCUGCCCCUCUUCUCCUACAUCUCCAUCAACUCAGACAAUGGACAUCUCUAUGUUCUGAGAUCCCUGGAUUAUGAAGUUAUCCAAGCUUUCCAAUUCACUGUGAGGGCAGCUGAUGGUGGUUCCCCGUCUCUGAGCAGCCAGGCUCUAGUUCAGGUUUUGGUAGAAGAUGAGAAUGAUAACUCUCCCUUUGUGCUGUACCCCCUGCAGAAUGGCACAGCUCCCUGCAAUGACCUGGUGCCCAGAGCAGCAGAGCCAGGUUAUCUGGUGACCAAGGUGGUGGCUGUGGAUAGGGACUGGGGACAGAAUUCCUGGCUUUCCUAUCAAUUAACCAAGGCCACAAACCCAGGACUCUUCACUAUGUGGGCUCACAAUGGGGAAGUUCGAACAGCAAGGCCCAUCAGUGAUAGAGAUGCCAUCAAGCAGAGGCUCCUGGUGCUGGUGAAGGACAAUGGGCAGCCACCUCUGUCCACAAUGGCCACACUCAAUGUGCUCCUGGUGGACGGAUUCUCUGAGCCUUACUUGCAGCUCCCAGAUGCACCCAAGGAGCAGGCCCAGACUGACUCCCUCACCAUUUAUUUGGUCAUUUCUCUAGCUUCUGUCUCCUUCCUUUUUCUUGUUUCUGUGAUUCUGUUCAUUGCUGUGCACUUGUGGAAAAGGAAGAAGAAUGCCACUGAUGGCCUUCAGCUUAGGCCCAAUAGUUCAUUCCCAGGCCACUUUGUGAAUGUUGGGGGUACUGGGACCCUGUCCCAGAGCUACCACUAUGAGGUGUGUCUGACCAAUGAUUCUGGCACUGGUGAAUUUAAGUUCUUAAAGCCGAUUAUUCCCAGCCUCCCCACUCAGGAUAGUGGAAGAGACUUGGAAGAAAGCCCUCCUUUACAGGAGAGCUUUUGGCUGGGUUAAGAUUCUGCCAAACUGAGAUUUUCAUUAUAUAUUAUUUUAUUAUAUUAUUAUAUUAUAUAUUCAUUUUGUAAACCCUUUUCUAUUGUGUUUCUUCAACUAGCUAAUUAAAUGUAUCUUUAAACUCAUUUGAUCUUUACCUAAUUUGGGAAUGGAGCUCUUUCCUACUUGUCCUAGCUCUUAUUCCAGUGCUACAAAGCACAUUGCUGUCCCCAAUCUUGUUUUAAGGAAGAAUUAGUUUAUAAAUUGAAUUUGUAUUAUACUAUAGUGUAUCUUUUCUGCAUGUGAUUAAUUACUUUUUAACACAUAGAGAAAAAUUGAAAAAUGAAUUUUUUUCACUCCCAAAUGUUUGAAAAAAUAUUUAAUUUUCUUCAAAAAGCUACAUAUAUUUGAGUGUGGCUAUUAUGCACAGAAGGUUCCCAAACGUUUCCUUUACAAGAAAAAUUAAUUAGAGGUAUAAUAAGUUAAAGGACACUUGCCCAAAGCCUUGUUUUAGUAUCUUUGAACCCAAAUAAUAGAGUUUUUGAAUGCUAUAUUUCUCUUUUGAGUGAGGGCUAUAUCCAGAUAUGAAAAUUGAAGUGACAGUCCCAGAUAAUCAGUAAAUUUUUGUCAAUAAACUACUGGCAAUUGAGAAAUCAACAUAUCUUUAUGUCAUCAGAGUCAGGUUACAGGGUAAGAGUCAGUCUUCACUUCAUCUUGUUUGUGAAAAUGUGUUUUUUUUAAAAUUUCUCUCACAAUAAUCUCUGUACUUUUUUUUAAAUCGUAUUUUAACAUUUCCUUUUCCUUAUUCUUGUCUCCUAGUAUGGAAGUAUUUCUGAACAUUUCGUGUUUUAAAAAUACCUAUCAACAAAUGUGUACAAUUAAUAUAGAUGCAACAUAGAUGUAAAUUUUUAUUUAGUCCACAGUACUGCUAAACCCACAUUGUGGAAAUUUAAUAAAUAUUUAUGAAGCUGGACUUUGCUAGGCCCUUAUUGGCACAAGAUGUGUCCUAAUCUGAGCACUUUAACAUGUCUAUUUCAGCCAUAUUUUUGAUUGACUGAUGAUUACCCAGUUCAACCUGACAGUGUUCCAGAGUGUCAUUUAAUAGAGCUCCAGUUCCAAUGUCCCUAAUUUAGAAAAUGUUUUAAUGUUCACAAUCAGUUUUAUAUAAUCUUAACAAUAACCUUUAUGGAUGUAUUUUCUAGUAUAGGUAUCACUUUUUUAUUGAAAUUUAUUUCAAUUUGAAUUUAUUUUACAGUAUAAAUUCCAUGUGUGCUCCAAACAGAUCGCUUUUCCUUUAUUGUUUUGGGUGUACAUUGUAAUUAUGCUUGGCAAUUUAAAUUAAAAGCUAAGAAAUAUGACCAGACCAAUAAAGUGGAAGUCUGGAUGAACUUGGGAAAAUGAAAGCCAGUUUGCUUAAUUUCCAUUAAAUAAAUGAAUUCAGAUUUAAUUAACUAAAAUAAUUAGUGUUGUCUGAAUAAAAAUUUCAUCUUCACUGUUCAAUCAGGCAUCAUGCAGAUAUUUUCUCUAUCUGUGCUUUACUGAUCCGUAUCAGCUAUUCAUUUUGUGAAAAUUUACCCUGAAAAUGUUCAGCUCUCCACUUUACAUUUAUCCUUUUCUAUGUAAAUGAAUAGUAUAGUUUCCCUUGCUGUCUGGGUGGAUUGUUCUCAAUAAUAAGCUGAGAAAUAUUAGAAGGUAAAUUUGAUGAAAUAGAUUUAUGAAAUAAAAAGAUACUAUGAAGCUCAAGAAAUGAAUAAAAAUCUGAAGUGAUUAUCUGAAUAAAUAAAAGCUUGGCUUGACUAAAAUGCAUAUUGUUUUAAUUACAUCUCCAUUCUUUUUUUUUUAACCCAAUAUGAGCCCUUUAAUAUUCUGAUGUGUUGUUGGGUAAGUCAUUUCCCCUGUCUUAGCCUCAAUUUUACCAUUUGUAAAAUGAAGAAUUAUAUCUCAAUAAAGUUCCAUGCAACCCUAAUAUUUUGUGAUUCUAUGAUGAUUCAAUCAAUUUUAUUAAGAUACAUUGGGCUAGAAUUCAAGAAUUUACGUGUCUUUCAACAAAUCAAGUUACAAGCAAAAUACCACCUAUGCUAUUCAUGGAACAUAAAGAAAGCUAAAUAAACAGGGAUGAUUGACUGAAAAUACAGCCUUACUGCAGACCAUGUUAUCCAGAAGUUUUCACAAAAUCUUUGCUUCCUGCAAAGUCAGAAAUGAUAGCAUCCAAUGAAAAUAUUUUUAUAUUGAAGCAAAAGUGUUAACUACCUGUUUAAGUUAUGGCUGGUUCAAACUGGAAACCCCUUGUAUCUGUGAACAACCUCAUUGACAAAGUGAAUUAUGUUCUCUCUAUCCAUAAUUGAAAAGUAUGUGGGGAAGACAACAUGACUUCUUUGGUUUUCACAAGCACCAUAACUAAAGUGGAUUAAUAGGCAACUAAUUGAGGCAUAGAUAGAGUACGGGACUUGUAGUCAGGAAGAAGUGAGUUUGAAUCCUACUUAAGAAGCUUACUAUUGUGUGACCCUUAACAAGUCACUUAAACUUUCUAUGCCUCAG